CGCACAUCGCAACAAACAUCGGAGCGCAACUUCUUCAGAGUUGACGUCAGGUGCGCCACGGGACACGCCCCUACCCACGCCACGCUACGGGGCGCACCGCACGAGACGCUGAGUUGGAGAUCUGCCCGGCAAUAUGCUCGUCGCCGCACCGUCCGCGCGGUCACUCACUGCAGCAGUAGGUUACCGCUCCCGCCUCCCGGUCCCGCCUCCCGGUCCCGCCGCAGACUUUACCGGGUGGUGAAGCCAGCGGAGUUUGACGGAGAGGGCGGCCGCAGAGACGCUGCCAUGGCCGAGGCCAACCCGCUGCGGGGGUUCCCGCGUCUCCGCCGCGCCGCGACUUCUUUCCCAGGUAACCUUCAUCUGAUCCUUGUGCUCCGCCCCUCUGACCUGAUAAGCCCCGCCCCCAGCCCCUCCUCCAGCACUGACCUGGGCUUCCGCUUCAGUCAGGAUGACUUCCUGUUGAAGAUGCCGGUGGUGAUGCUGCGCUCGGUCGGAGAUCUGCUGCGCUACAUCGACGAGCACCACCUCACCACAGAGUUCACCGCAAAGGUGGAGUACUGCCAGAGCGACUGGGUGGUCCUACGCAGGGCCAUCGAGAGCUUUGCGGUGACAGUGAAGGAGGUAGCCCAGCUGCUGCAGGGCUUCGGGUCGGAGCUGGCCGAGACGGAACUCCCCGACGAGGCCGGGACCAUCGAGUUCCUGCUGACCUCGCACACGCUCAGAUACCGCCAGCUCAAGGAUGACAUCAGAAGCGUGCUGAAGGAAGGGCGCCUCCUGCAGGCCAACUUGGAAUCUGCCACGGCCUCGGAGAAAGAAGGGGUGGAGGAGAAGGACAUCCAGGCAGAUUCUGACACCGUGCACAGACUGCUGGCCCAGCUGCGAGACAUGGAGGAGGCGUUUGACGGCUUCUUUGAGAAGCAUCACAUGAAGCUGCAGCAGUACCACCAGCUGCUCUCCUACGAGACCAGCUUCCAGCAGAUGGAGGAGGCUCUAGAGAACGUGUCCGCCCAGGAGAAGGGGAUAUCGUCUUCAGGGAGCACCGUGGUUCAGACCCAACAGCUGCUCAAAGACCUGGAGGCUCUGGACACGCAUGCACAGGAGGAGAUGAACCGGGCCCAGCUGAUGAUCCUGCAGGGCCACCAGCUGGCGGCCAGCCACCACUACGCCCAGGCGCUCAUCGUCCAGCGCUGCAACGAGCUGCGCCACCUCUGUGACCUCGUCAGCGCCGCGCUGCGCAGCAAGCGAGCCCUGCUGACGCGCGCACGGGACCUCCUACUGAGGCUGGAGGAGGCCCUGCGCUGGUGUGAUGAGGGGGCAUACCUGCUUGCCAGCCAGAUGGUGGACAAGUUCCAGACCAGGGAAGGCGCCCAAGAGGCCCUGCAGUACCUGACCAUCCACCAGGAGAGGGCGCCAUCGGCCCUGAAGAACAGCCAGGACACGCUCAGCCUGGAGCUGGAAGCCAUACUCACCCCUCAAUUGCAGGCCCAGAUCGCCAUGGUGACGGGGAAGCUGAGCUCGGUGCAGUGCAUGAUCCGCAACCGAGAGCACUGCCUGAGGAGGCUGGCGGAGCUGCAGGUCCGGCCCAUCCAGCCCGUGGCCCCCCGCCCCGAGCAGGACCAGCUCUCCCAGCGCUGCAAGUCCCCCCUCUUCUCCCCCAAACAUGGUGUGGACCUCAAUGUGUUGAACUCCAAGUUCUCUUUUGAUCUUCUCCCGGGCAAGAGGACCCCAAGGAGGAACAGCAUUCAGCGCAAGAUUGAGGUGAUGCAUGAUUACCAAGGUAACCGCAGCUGUCUGUACGGGACGCUCCCCGACACAGACUCGGAGGCGGAGGACAAUCCGGAGCAGGUCGCGCGACACAUCAUGAAGGAGCUGAUAGCGACAGAGAGGGUCUAUGUCGAAGAGUUGCUCUCUGUGCUACUGGGCUACAGGGCUGAGAUGGAGGACCCAGCCAUGCUCCCUCUGCUGCCGGCCGCGCUGCGCAACCACAAGGACCUUCUGUUCGGCAACAUGCCCCAGAUCUACCAGUUCCACAGCAGGGUCUUCCUUCAGGAUCUGCAGGGUUGCCUGGAAACCCCUGAGAGGGUGGGGUCCUGCUUCCUCCAGCAGAAAAUGAAAUUUCAGGUGUAUGAGCGGUACUGCCAGAACAAGCCCCACUCCGAGUUGCUAUGGAGACAAUCCUCUGAUUGUCCAUUCUUCCAGGAGUGCCAGAAGAAGCUGGAUCACAAGCUUGGCCUGGACUCCUAUCUGCUGAAACCCAUCCAACGUCUCACAAAGUACCAGCUGCUGCUCAAGGAGAUGCUAAAGCACUGCCCAGAGCCGCAGUACCGCUGGGAGCUCCAGGAGGCGCUGGAUGUCAUGCUGAAGCUGCUCAAGUCCGUCAACGACUCCAUGCAUCAGAUCGCCAUCACGGGUUACCAGGGCGACCUGAGCCAGCUGGGCCGGGUGGUCCUCCAGGGGGGCUUCAGUGUGUGGAUCAGCCACAAGCGGGCGGCGGUGCGCAUGAAGGAGCUGCCGCGCUUCAAGCCCAUGCAGCGGCACCUGUUCCUGUAUGAGCACGCGCUGCUCUUCUGCAAGCGGCGCGACGACGACGGGCCCGACCGCACCCCCUUCUACAGCUUCAAGCACUUACUGAGGAUGAGCGCAGUGGGGAUCACUGAGAACGUGAAGGGGGACGUGAAGAAGUUUGAGGUGUGGUACAGCGGUCGAGAGGAGGUGUACAUCCUUCAGGCUUCAACCCUGGAGGUGAAAGUCUCUUGGCUGACGGCGAUCCGGAAGAUUCUGACCAAUCAGCAGAAAUUACACCAAGAUGAAGCACCUCCCCUGAGCCUUUCAGAAGUUCCUCUCUCAGACAGCUCCACGGCAACAAGCCACACCCAGCGGAGCCGGGGGGAGGAGUCAACGCAUAGCAGCCCCGCCCACUCCGAACCCGUGGUGCAAUCUCCUCGCCGCAGCUGGCCCCCCCCGGCCCACUCUGUGGCCAUCUGUGAGGGUCUGGAGGACUGGGGCGCUACGGACCUCUCUUACAUCUCAGACUCAGACGAGGAACAGCCAGCCGCCCUGGUCGCUGGGAGGUACAGGGUCAUGGUCAAUAGCAGCUCGGCCAGCACUGAUGGCAUCAUCUUUAACUGCGGUGAUGUCAUCCAGCUGUUGCAUAAGGAGCCAUCUGGAAUAUGGACGGUGCGUAACGUCACUCGCAGCCAAGAGGGGCGUGUCCAUCCAGAAGACCUGCACCGAAUCCUUGGGGAGUCCGCCUGAGAGCCAAUCAGCACCAAGCAUAAGGGACCCCCAAUAUGGGAUGUAUGUUUGGGUUAUUUUUCCCUCUACUGUUACAACUCAUCUCCUCUACAGACUGCCAAGGGACUCAAACACACACACACACACACACACACACACACACACACACACACACACACACACACACACACACACACACACACACACACACACACACACACACACACACACACACACACAUUUUUUAGCAUUACACUUAAGUUGUGGCUUGACCAACACUGUACACAGUACACUCAGGCCAGGAGGUCGAAGCACAACGAGGAUCUUGUGGAUGACAUGAGGAGUUUGGACCGCUGUAGGCCUGCGUGUUCAACCAUGGAACCUACGAGAUCCCCGACCGACUGCAGGGAGGGGGGUGGGGAGGGUGGGGAGGUCGCUGUCCUAUCAAUUGCUCCUCAGUGGUAGCGGAACAUUUAAGGAACUUUUAUGGAUGGAACUCUUAUUUUUAAGGCAUGGAAGUGGGUGUGAAUAUAGAUAUUUUGUUCCUAGAUGCCACUGAAGGUGAUUGCAUUCUCUAUUUUCUUACGACCUACAACCAUGAUUGUCACGGACGCCACAUGCGGUAUUCAAUCCACCAAGACUUCCCUCCUUCAAUUCACGUGCCAAAACAUCCUUGCCGUCGCUGCCUAGCUGGCCAUUUGUGGCGUUGUUGUUCUCCAUUGUGGCACAUUUGUCGCUAAUAUCUGCUAAUAUCAGUAGCCUGUUCACUUAGCCCACAUGCAUUAAGGGAAUAUCGCCAUGGACCAGCAGAUGUACACAAAGACAAAAUGUUUCUAUGUUUCCCCUGGGUGGAAGCUCAACGCCCAAACUGAGUAGUUAAUAACCAGAGUACUGCUGUCCAGCUUCCAGACAGCACUGCCUGCACUGGCUAUCACUGUAGUGCAAUAUUAUGUUGGUCUGGAUUCAUUUUGAUCGCUCGCUGCUUCCGCUGUUGUUUCUGCUGCUGAUGAGGCUCACAUCACACAUAUUGAACCAUCUUAAACAUGUUCCAUUUGAAUGAGCUAAAUAUUCCAUAUGUUCCUUCAACAAAACAGUUGAACCAAGUAGAGGCUGAGUAGACCAGAGGUACUCAUUCACAAGGCCAGGAGGACACCGAGGAAAGUAAUAAUAGUAGGCUUGUCCAUUCACAUAUUUUGCCCUUUCUUUAGUAGAAAGAGCUGAUUAUUGUGAAUCUUAGGCACAUAUUACAAUCUACAAAGUAUUGUGCAGAAGGUACUAGCCAUAUAGCAAACACAUUUUAGGCUUUUUGAGGAUCUUCUUUUGGAGCUUUUUCAAUGGAAUUGGUGGUUCAGUCGCUCUUGCUAUAAUUAGACUUUUUCUAUCUGUUGCCUGCUAUGUCUAUUGUGCAUCAGAAGAGGGCGCUAUAAACGGUGUUUGGCAGGGUAUAAAGCAAUAGUCUUUCAAUCUUACAAAAUCGAAAGUAUGAAACAACUUGUCUAGCUUGUUUUAAACAAUGAUUGUGCC